AUGUUCAUUAGUAACGACCGUAUUGGAGACAGAAGUAGUUUGGAAGACUGGAGGAUUAAAGGUUACGAUCCUCUAACUCCACCAGAUUUGUUGCAACACGAGUAUCCUAUUGGGGAGAAGGCCAAGAAGAUUAUUGUUGAUGCUAGAAACCAGGUUUGUGAUAUUUUGAACGGUAAGGAUGACCGUUUGGUGGUAGUCAUCGGGCCAUGUUCCAUUCACGACCCUAAAGCAGCAUAUGAGUAUGCUGAUAGGUUGAAGAAGCUUUCCGACGAGCUUUCUGGGGACCUUUUGAUUAUUAUGAGAGCAUACUUGGAGAAGCCUAGAACUACAGUUGGUUGGAAAGGGUUGAUUAAUGAUCCAGAUAUCGACAACUCUUUCCAGAUUAAUAAAGGUUUGAGAAUCUCUAGAGAGAUGUUCACUAGACUAACUGAGAAAUUGCCAAUUGCCGGUGAGAUGUUGGAUACUAUUUCUCCACAGUUCUUGAGCGAUUGUUUCUCUCUGGGUGCCAUUGGUGCCAGAACGACCGAGUCGCAACUACAUAGAGAGUUGGCUUCUGGUCUUUCGUUCCCUAUUGGGUUCAAGAACGGAACUGAUGGUGGUCUUCAGGUUGCUGUCGAUGCUAUGAGAGCUGCUGCUCACUCGCAUUACUUCCUUUCUGUGACGAAACCAGGUGUUACUGCUAUUGUUGGUACCGAAGGUAACGAAGACACCUUUGUCAUCUUGAGAGGUGGUAAGAAGGGUACAAACUACGAUGCCGAGAAUGUAAAAUUGGCUCAGCAGGAAUUGCUCAAGGCUAAGGUUGUUGAUGCUGAAGGUGUUCAAAGAAGAAUUAUGAUUGAUUGCUCUCAUGGUAACUCCAGCAAAGACUUCAGAAAUCAGCCAAAGGUUGCCCAAUCCAUCUACGAACAACUUACCGAUGGACAAAAUGCUAUCUGCGGUGUAAUGAUCGAGUCUAACUUGGUAGAAGGCAGACAAGAUAUUCCUCCAGAAGGUGGCCGUGACAAAUUGAUCUACGGAUGUUCAAUUACUGAUGCUUGUAUUGGUUGGGAUACCACUGAUGAGGUACUUCGUCUAUUGGCCAAAGGUGUCCAAAAUAGAAGAGCAGCAUUGAAGAAAUAA